GCUUUUUUUUUUCUUUCUUUUUCUCUUUUAAAUAAUCCGGUUUGGAGAAAGGAAGAAUCCCCAGCGUGGGGAGCGAGGAAUAAAGGAAGGGGGACAGGGAAGCAGGGACGCGAGCUGGACCGCGGCGGUUCCUGAUAUGGCAGGGUCAGGUCAUGAUGAUGGGCAGCGCCCGCGUGGCCGAGCUGCUGCUGCUCCACGGUGCGGACCCCAACUGCGCGGACCCCGCCACCCUCACCCGACCCGUGCACGACGCCGCCCGGGAGGGCUUCCUGGACACGUUGGUGGCGCUGCACCGAGCCGGGGCGCGGCUGGACGUGCGCGACGCCUGGGGCCGCCUGCCCGUGGACCUGGCUGAGGAGCGGGGCCACCGCGACGUCGCCCGCUACCUGCGCUCGGCUGCAGGGGGCACCGAAGGCGGGAGCCACGCCCGCGCAGACUCCGCGGAAGGUCCCGCAGACAGUCCCGCCCUAAAGAAUCCUUGAAAUCUAGAGACACUUCGACUACGUAUUUGAUCUUCAGUCGUCGAAGUUUGAAUACAAGAACUACCCCCAACAUAUCUGUCUUCCCUGCGUAGUUCCAAUUCAUCAAAUAACGCUUUUUAAAAAUUGGAACUGCCUCCCACUU